UCAUUUUUAACACUGCAUGAUUUUCUUUGACUAAGUUCCUUUUUUGGGGAUGAAUUUAGGAGUCUAAUUAAAGUUGUAUGUGGUACAUUUUUUCUUGAAGAAGUAAAAGAACAAAAGAGUAUUAUUUCUAUUUGAAGAGACUUGGGGAAAGGAGAAAGCAGCAGAGGUUUCUGCAGAGAGUGUGAGACUUGUUGGGUGUUACUGGGUUUGGAAGACACUAAGUAAAAGCCUGCAAGAGAAUCUGUGCUCUAAACAUGGCAAGGCAUAGGAAUUAGGAAGUGACCACCUACAUACGCUCAUCUACCCACCCUAGCAACCCAUCUCUCAAUUUUGUGUAUUUGGCACUGCAAAGUGCAUAUCUUUGCAUAUCUGUCCUUGAAAUCUAGUUUUCUUGGCACCAUUUUUGAACCCCAAUAACUACCCACACCACCCCCAGAAAGACACGCACACUUCACAGAGUCCAUAUUCGGGUUGUCUGUAAAAUCUGAAAAAAGUGUAGUCUAUAAGGGUAUGGUUCUCCAAGUCUUGCCUGGAAUUUAUUCUUGUUGCAUGGUGCGUAAGAAUUUACAGUCAGGCUGGGGCUGAAGACUUGAAAUAGAAUUUGUCUAAAAAGUCGUAAAAUAAACUGCAAGAAUUUCAUCUUUGUUCGAGAUCUCUACUACUUGUUUUUGAUAAUGGAGUUUUGCUGGAAGAUUAUAAGACGGAGGUUUAUGGGCAAAUUCAGAUUCCCUCUUCAGUUUCUUUUUUGCUGCUGCUUUUUCUUCUUCAGCUAUUCUUGUCUGCGUGGUAUUUACAGUGUCAAAAACCAGGAAGCUCCUUUAGGAACCAGUUGUGUUUUGCCUCGUGGAGCUGAUAUUUACUUGCAGAAAUUAGAGAAGAAUUUAGAGGAAAACAAUAAUUGGGAGAUAGCUAAAUGGAGCAUGGGUGGGGCUAGAAGGCUAUUGGGUGGGCCGGGAUCGUCGCCACCGCGUUGCACAUCCAAAUGUGGUAGAUGUACGCCGUGCAAACCGGUUCAUGUGCCAGUGCCGCCUGGAACACCGGUGACUACCGAGUACUACCCCGAGGCGUGGAGGUGCAAAUGUGGCAACAAGUUAUACUUGCCCUAAUUCUUGAAUGCAUCAAUUACCAUCUACCAUCCAAUUUGAAAUUCAUUUACUUGCAAUUAUUGUAAUUAUCCACCAUGACAGCUAGCACAUAUUAGCAUCAUAUCGACCGAAUUAAUGCGAAUUAUACUACACAUUAUAUUAGCUAUUACUUAUGACA